AUGACUCAGACCGCCAAACCCAAAGGCGGUGCCCGCCUCUCCGGGACCUCCAAAUCGACGACCUCCAGCAAAUCCCUCCCACACCCCUUCAUCCCAGCGCCAAAGGCCCUCUCCCCCUUCACUGACACGCUUCCCAAGUCCUCAACCACCGUCUACAUCACCCACAUCGAUCCGCGGCCCGCAACCUUCAAGCGCAACAUCUUCCUCGUCCCCAUCUCCGUCAACAUCGCCGUCGUCGCCCUCUUCUGCUGGCGCAUGUGGGUCAUCGCACCCUACUACUUCUUCCUUUUGGCCUCCAUGCUCGGCUACGAGAACCACACGACCAUACGCGCAGCCGACCUGGCUUGGGGCGAGCUAGCCCGCGUCAUCGGCCGCCGCACCUUGACCUUCAUGAUCGACUUUUUGCUGGCCAUCUUUGUCUGGCCGUGGCCGUACGAGUUCGUGUUUGGUGCCAGCGCCGGCGAGGCAGCGGGCCGCGGCAGCCCUGCGCUCUGGCGGUGGAAGGUUGGGUUCCGUGAGAAGGAAGUGUACGUGCGGCGUAGUCGCAGCAGCUGGAGCAAGGUACUGGAGGGCCGGGACAUCCUAGACCGUGAUGGCAAGGAGAAUCGGGAGGCGCGCGAGGCGGUGAUCAAGAGGGUACGCGAGGCGACGCAACCGAUGAUUCUGCAGCGCAAGACAGGCUAUGUUACCAUGGAUGGCGAAUGGGACCUGGACUGGAAGGCGAUGGUAGAUGCGACCAAGCUGGUCGACAAGAAGGAAAUCGAGCUGGAGGAGUUUGGCACCGUGGCGCUGUUGUGGCAUGAGGAGCACGGCUGGAUCAGCAUCGACCUGGGGCAGGGUGACACCAAACAGCAGGAACAGAGGAGGAAGCAGCUGGAAGCUUUUAGAAAAGCGCUGGCUGCCCUGGACAAGGAGGAGCUGUUCUUCCGCUGGGUCGAGAUGAUCCAGUUCGAGACGACCCAGCCGGGCGGCUUCACCCCCGAGAGGCAGGUUGCCGCGGCGAAGAAAGUCAGGGACAUGUUUCACGAGCAUGGUGUCGACUUUGAUGGGCUGUGGAAGGAAGCCGUUGGUACGGAUGGGCUGGCUGGCAUGCCAUAG